CACCUGUUUCUCCUUCACAUGAAAACUAUAACGUUCAUAUCACACCAACCAAGAAAGUCACGGAAUCUCCCUCCCCCUCAAAGACCCAUCUAUUGCCUGCAUUUCUGAUAGUCAUUUUUUUUAUAAAAAAAAACCCAUCUUUCCUCUUAACAUGAGAAAUAAAUCAAUUAAUAGACGUUCAAAUUCACGCCAACCAAGAAAGUUUCAGAAUCCAUCUUUCUCCACCCAUUGAUAUACUCUCUCUCUCUCUCAUGGUGCCUUCUAUUCUCUGCAUUUGACGGGCCCUCUGCUGCAGCUUUCCCUCUCGUUAAUGGCCAUACUGUAGGAGGAAGGGUCUGGUUUUGUGGGUUUAAUUUCUUCACCCUGCAACGCUUGUUUCUUGUUGGCACUCGAAGAAAAGUCUCAUUCUGAGCAAAUAUGAUAUGAGUUUUUGUUCUGUUUGUUCAUUUUGCCGGGUUUGAUUUUUAUUGUGCCCCAAUGGAGGGUAUUUAUCGGGUUCAUUUAUUGGUGGUGGUGCUUGGUUUGGGGAUGUUCAUGAGCACAUUCUGUCAGGAUAAUGCAGAAGAAAUUACAGCUGUUUACAUUGUUACUCUGAAACAAACACCUGCAGUUCAUUACGAUGGUGAGCUGAGAAAGGUCAGUAAUGGCUUCACACAUGGUGCUUCUGGGAGAAUCAAUAGAUUUGACAAGAAAAGUAAUAUUUCAAGACCCCAUCAUCAGCAAAAGGGUUCCUAUAUUUCAAGAUUUCAUGAUUCUUUAUUGAAGAGGGUGUUUAAAGGGGAAAGCUAUCUGAAGCUUUAUAGCUACCACUACUUGAUCAAUGGAUUUGCUGUGUUUGUUACUCCCCAGCAGGCCAACAAGCUUUCAAGAAGGAGAGAAGUGGCAAAUGUGGUUUUGGAUUUCUCAGUUAGAACUGCAACAACCCAUACUCCUGAAUUCCUGGGUUUACCUCACGGGGCUUGGGCCCAAGAAGGUGGAUAUGGGUUCGCUGGUGAAGGAAUUGUAAUUGGUUUUAUUGAUACUGGCAUUGACCCCACACACCCGAGCUUCUAUGAUGAUUUAUCUGACAAUCCAUAUCCAGUUCCAAGCCAUUUUUCCGGCAUAUGUGAAGUCACUCGGGAUUUCCCUUCUGGGUCUUGCAAUAGAAAGCUUGUUGGGGCACGCCAUUUUGCUGCAUCUGCCAUAACCAGAGGAAUAUUUAACGCAACUCAGGAUUAUGCUUCACCAUUUGAUGGCGAUGGCCAUGGGACGCACACAGCUUCUGUUGCAGCAGGAAAUCAUGGAAUUCCAGUGAUAGUAGCUGGGCAUCACUUUGGUAAUGCAAGCGGAAUGGCUCCUCGUGCACACAUUGCUGUUUACAAGGCAUUGUACAAGAGUUUUGGAGGCUUUGCUGCUGAUGUUGUUGCUGCCAUAGACCAGGCAGCUGAGGAUGGAGUUGACAUAGUAAGUUUAUCAAUCACUCCCAACAGGCGUCCUACUGGAAUUGCAACAUUUUUUAAUCCCAUAGACAUGGCCUUGCUAUCAGCUGUUAAGGCAGGUAUUUUUGCUGUGCAAGCAGCAGGAAAUACUGGACCAUCACCCAAAAGUGUUUCUUCCUUCAGUCCAUGGAUAUUCACUGUUGGUGCUGCCACUCACGACAGAUUCUAUAAUAAUUCUAUAGUUCUGGGCAACAACAUAACCAUUUCUGGAGUAGGACUUGCACCUGGGACAGAUAAAGGUGCAAUGUAUACGCUAGUUUCUGCAGUUCAUGCUUUGAACAAUGACACAACAAUUGACAAUGAUAUGUAUGUGGGUGAAUGCCAAGACCCAAGUAGCUUGAAUAGGGAUCUCAUCCAAGGGAAUCUAUUGAUCUGCAGCUACUCUAUUCGAUUUGUGCUAGGGCUCUCCACCAUUAAGCAGGCCUUACAAACAGCGGAUAACCUUAGUGCUGCUGGUGUUGUGUUCUACAUGGAUCCUUUUGUAAUAGGAUUUCAGCUUAAUCCAGUCCCAAUGAGAUUAUCUGGCAUAAUAAUUCCAUCCCCGGAUGAUUCUAAGAUUUUACUAAAAUACUACAAUUCUUCUCUGGAGAUGGAUCAACCUACAAAAAGAAUUAUUAAAUUUGGGGCAGUUGCAAGCAUUUCUGGAGGAAUUAAAGCAAACUACAGCAAUUCUGCUCCAAAAGUUAUGCACUACUCUGCUAGAGGACCAGACCCAGAAGACAGUUUCCUUGAUGAUGCUGACAUAAUGAAACCGAACUUGGUAGCUCCUGGAAAUUCGAUAUGGGCUGCCUGGAGUUUUCUUGGCACAGAUUCUGUUGAAUUUGAAGGUGAAAACUUUGCACUGAUGUCUGGGACAAGCAUGGCUGCUCCUCAUAUUGCUGGCCUUGCUGCACUGAUUAAGCAGAAGUUUCCCCAUUUUAGUCCUUCAGCAAUUGGAUCUGCUCUUUCCACAACAGCUUCUCUCUCUGACAAUGCUGGGGGGCCCAUAAUGGCCCAGCGUGCUUAUUCCAACCCAGAUCUAAAUCAGUCUCCUGCGACGCCCUUUGACAUGGGCAGUGGUUUUGUGAAUCCAACUGCAGCUCUGAAUCCAGGACUGAUUUUUGAUUCCAGUUAUGAUGAUUAUAUGUCGUUUCUCUGCGGCAUUAAUGGAUCAGCUUCUGUGGUUCUAAAUUAUACUGGUCAGAACUGUGGAGCUUCUGCAAUGAAUGGCGCAGAACUGAACUUGCCCUCCAUCACAAUAGCAAAACUGAACCAGUCCUUGACGCUCCAAAGAACUGUGUAUAAUGUUGGGGGCAAUGAAACCUAUGCCGUUGGAUGGUUUGCUCCUGGUGGAGUUUCAGUAAUGGUGGCUCCCACUCGCUUCCUAAUAGUGACUGGCGAGAGUCGAAUCUUGACCAUAUCCUUCAAUGCUACAAUGAACAGCUCUACCCCAAGCUUUGGACGGAUUGGACUUUAUGGGGAUCGCGGUCACACUGUCAACAUUCCAUUGUCAAUCAUCACUAAACUUUCUUGUAACAUUACUAGCAGCUGAGGAUGGACGCUGGCAACUCUCUUCCUUUGUUUCUCCUUAUAUUUUGUUCUGUUUUUGUGUUUGUUUGGCCCUCUUUGCCUUUAUUUUUUUUUUUGGUUAAGUGUAGGUGAUAUAUUGAUCAAUUUUUUCAUUCAUUAUCACUAAAGUCCAUGUAAAUGUUGAACCAUUUGUAUGUAGUUUGGGAUUGAUUAAUGGUUCAAAGAGAUGUGUGUGUGUGUGGGUGUUGUUAGUUCAAA